AUGGAGGCGCCGCCGCCGCCGCCACCCGGCGCCCCCAGCGCGGCGGACCCCGCGGGCUGCCCCAAGGACACCGACCGCCAGCUGCGCCUCCGCCUCUGCGUCCUCAACGAGAUCCUCAGCACCGAGCGGGACUACGUGGGGACCCUCCACUUCUUGCAGUCGGUGAGCGGCGGGGCGCGGGCGGGGGAAGCCCCCUCAGGGGCACCGGAGCGGGGCUGGGCGGGCUGCCCGGAGAGGAGCGGCUCCUCCCCGGGCGGGCCGGGGGCUGCAUUUCUUCACCGGAUCCGUCAGAAUGCUGUGGACAAAGCUGAGAAGUACAUAACAGAGGAGAAUGUUAAGAUCUUAUUUUCUAACAUCGAAGAUAUUCUUGGUGUCCACAAGGAGUUCCUGGCUGCCCUGGAAUUUUGUUUACAACCAGAACCUCAGUCUCAGCAUGAACUGGGAAAUGUUUUCUUAAAAUUUAAAGACAAAUUCUUUGUGUACGAGGAGUACUGUAGCAACCACGAGAAAGCACUCAGACUGCUGAUGGAGUUGAACAAGAUCCCAACAGUGAGAACAUUCCUCUUGGGUUGCAUGCUUUUGGGAGGCAGAAAGACGACAGACAUUCCACUAGAGGGUUAUCUGCUGACUCCAAUUCAGAGAAUUUGCAAAUAUCCACUUCUGCUUAAGGAAUUAGCUAAGAGGACUCCCUCCAAGCAUCCUGAUCAUCCAGCUGUCCAAAAUGCAUUGCAGGCCAUGAAGACGGUCUGCACAAAUAUCAACGAGACCAAGAGACAAAUGGAGAAACUGGAAGCCCUUGAACAGUUGCAGUCCCACAUUGAAGGAUGGGAGGGAUCAAAUCUGACUGAUAUCUGCACACAGCUCUUGCUCCAAGGGACUUUGUUAAAAAUCUCAGCAGGAAACAUCCAGGAGAGAAUGUUCUUUCUAUUUGAUAAUCUUCUGGUCUAUUGUAAGAGGAAAUCCAGGGUUACUGGAAAAAAAACAUCUAAAAGGACAAAGUCAAUCAAUGGCUCCCUUUAUAUCUUCAGAGGCCGAAUAAAUACAGAAGUCAUGGAGGUGGAAAAUGUGGAAGAUGGAACAGCAGAUUACCACAGCAAUGGCUACACUGUGACAAAUGGAUGGAAGAUACACAACACAGCCAAGAACAAGUGGUUUGUCUGUAUGGCCAAGACUGCAGAGGACAAACAGAAAUGGUUGGAUGCUAUAAUCAAGGAAAGGGAGCAGAGAGAGAGUUUGAAACUGGGAAUGGAAAGGGAUGCAUACGUCAUGAUUGCAGAGAAAGGAGAGAAGCUCUACCAAAUGAUGAUGAGCAAGAAAGUGAACCUUAUCAAAGACAGGAGGAGAAAAUUAAGCACUGUUCCCAAGUGCUUUCUUGGCAAUGAGUUUGUAUCGUGGCUCACAGAGAUUGGAGAGAUAAGCAAACCAGAGGAAGGGGUCAACCUGGGACAGGCACUAUUGGAAAAUGGAAUCAUUCAUCAUGUUUCAGAUAAGCACCAGUUUAAGAAUGAGCAGGUGAUGUACAGAUUUCGCUAUGAUGAUGGAACAUACAAGCCAAGAAGUGAAUUGGAAGACAUCAUGUCCAAGGGUGUGAGGCUCUACUGCCGACUACACUGCUUAUAUACUCCAGUGGUAAAAGACCGUGACUACCACCUAAAGACCUACAAAUCAGUAAUCCCUGCAAGUAAACUAGUGGAUUGGCUUAUUGCACAGGGAGACUGUCAGACUCGGGAGGAAGCUGUCGCACUGGGUGUUGGACUCUGCAAUAAUGGCUUCAUGCAUCAUGUCCUGGAGAAAAGUGAAUUUAAGGAUGAAUCCUUAUAUUUCCGCUUUUAUGCUGAUGAGGAGAUGGAAGGCACGAGUUCCAAAAGCAAACAAUUACGUAAUGACUUCAAGCUCGUGGAAAACAUCCUGGGAAAGAGUCUUCUGAUUUUACCAGAAGAGGAUGACUAUGGUUUUGACAUAGAAGAAAAGAACAAAGCAAUUGUGGUGAAGUCUGUUCGACGUGGGUCUUCUGCAGAGAUGGCUGGCCUGCAGAUGGGAAGAAAAAUUUAUUCUGUCAACGAGGACUUAAUAUUCCUACGCCCAUUUUCAGAAGUGGAAACCAUCCUGAACCAGUCCUUCAGCUCCCGAAGGCCACUUAGGCUUCUGGUAGCCACCAAAUCAAAAGAGAUUAUUAAAAUCCCAGAUUGUCCUGAAGCACUUUGCUUUCAGAUACGGGGAGCAGCACCACCGUAUGUUCAUGCAGUAGGAAGAGGCUCUGAGGCUGCAGCUGUAGGCCUACAUCCAGGGCAGUGUAUUUUGAAAGUUAAUGGGAAUAAUGCAACACAUGGAAAUUAUAUGGAAGUUCUGGAGCACUUCACAGCCUACAGGACCAGACAACAGGAAGCACUGGGAUUAUAUCAGUGGGUGUACAGAACACAUGAAGAUGCUGAAGAGGACAGAGUUCAGCAAGCAGCAUCAACUGCAUAUCUGAAUGGCAGUCAUCCUGGCUCCAGCAAAGAAGAUUCAUCACUGGAAGGAGGUGCAGAAUUGGAUCCCCUUCAAAACAGCCAACAGGAAUCAGCCCAGUCACCACAGAACAUCAGCUCUCCACUGGUGAUUGGUGAAGAAACACCUCUCAUCAGCCUGACUGUGGAUAACACCCACCUGGAGCAUGGGGUGGUGUAUGAAUAUGUCAGCAGUGCAGGAAUCAAAUCCUUUGUCCUGGAGAAAAUUGUGGAACCAAAAGGUUGCUUCAAUCUCACUGCAAAGAUUUUAGAGGCCUUUGCUGCAGAGGACAAUCACUUCGUAAAGAAUUGCAAAAGACUCAUAUCCCUGAGCAGUGCUGUGGCCACCAUGCCCCAGUAUGAAUUCCGGCAAAUCUGUGACACUAAGCUGGAAAGCAUUAGCAGAAGGCUCACCAACUACCAAGAGUUUGCAGAUGACUUGAAAACAAAAGUGAGCCCAGCCUUCAAACAAGCCAUCAUGGAACCACAUUCUCUCAACAGCAUGGAUUUCUGCCCCACCAACUGCCAUAUUAACCUCAUGGAGGUGUCAUACCCCAAAAACACUACCUCAGCAGGGAGGUCGUUCAGCAUUCGCAUUGGACGGAAACCCUCUAUUAUUGGUCUUGAUCCAGAGCAAGGUACCUUAAAUCCAGUCUCAUAUACUCAGCAUUGCAUCACCACCAUGGCUGCACCGUCCUGGAGAUGUCUGACCCUAGAAGAUGGAGAUCUUGACAGCAGCUUUGGCCAGCAGAAUGGAGGAGCAAUUCAGGAAGAAAGGGGACUCAGUUUUCUGCUGAAACAGGAAGAUCGGGAGAAACAGGACUCCUACUUGCACCUUUUUAACAAACUUGACAUUGCAGUGAAGGAAAUGAAGCAAUAUGUCAUUCAGAUAAAUAAACUUUUGUCCACCAUAACAGAACCUACAGAAGAUAAUGCAUGUGAGCCACCAUCUACUGAAGAGACAUCUCCACCUUCCCUGGGAACAGAAGAGAGUGAUCCUGACAAAGCUGAGCAUGGUGGAAUCAAGAAGGUCUGUUUCAAGGUUUCUGAGGAGGAUCAGGAAGACUCUGGCCAGGACACAAUGAGUUACAGAGACUCCUACAGUGAAUGUAACAGUAACCGGGACUCAGUGUUGUCAUACACCAGUGUGCGGAGCAACAGCUCUUACCUGGGCAGUGAUGAGAUGGGAUCAGGAGAUGAGCUUCCCAAUGAUAUGAGGAUUCCUUUAGACAAGCAAGACAAACUUCAUGGCUGUCUGGAACAUCUGUUUAACCAGGUUGACGCAAUCAAUGCACUUCUAAAAGGACCAGUAAUAACUAAGGCCUUUGAAGAAACCAAGCACUUUCCAAUGGACCACAGUUUGCAAGAAUUUAAACAGAAGGAGGAAACCACAGUAAGGUGCCGGAAUAAUAUUCAAGCCAGCAUUCAAGAAGAUCCUUGGAACCUUCCACUGCGCAUCAAGAACCUUGUUGAAAUCAUACAGAAGCAUGUGGAAGAUGGGAAGAAUCAGCUGCUCCUGGCCUUGUUAAAAUGCACAGAUACUGAGCUACAGCUGAGACGUGAUUCCAUCUUCUGUCAGUCUCUCGUGGCAGCUAUUUGCACCUUCUCAGAGCAGUUACUGGCUGCUCUCAACUAUCGAUACAACAACAAUGGAGAGUAUGAAGAGAGCAGCAGAGACGCCAGCAGAAAAUGGCUGGAACAGAUAGCAGCCACUGGUGUUCUACUGAACUACCAGUCUCUCCUCUCCCCUGCUGUGAAGGAGGAACGCACUAUGCUGGAAGACAUCCAGGUUGCUCUGACUGAAUUGGACAAAGUUGCCUUCUAUUUCAAGCAGCUGGAUGAAAGUCUUGUAGCAAAUACUCAUGUCUUCUACCACAUCGAAGGAAGUCGCCAGGCCUUGAAGGUUAUCUUUUAUCUUGACAGCUACUACUUCUUCAAACUGCCUUCUCGGUUUCAGAAUGGGGGAAGCUUGAAACUGCACAUGGUGCUCUUUACAAAAGCUCUGGAGAGUACAGAGGGGCAAUCACAACUGGCUGGCUCAUCUCUAGAAGAACUUCCACAGCAAAUUAAUAGUAUUUCACUUGACAAAGUGCAGCAAUACUACCGUAAACUCAGGACGUUCUACCUAGAAAGAUCAAACUUGCCCACUGAUUCUAACACUACUGCAGUGAAAAUUGACCAGCUUAUUCGUCCCAUUAAUGCAAUGGAUGAGCUCUGCAGGCUGAUGAAGUCCUUCAUUAAUACAAAACCAACGCAGUCAGGAUAUUCCAGCAGUAACUCAUCAGGAGCAGGCCUGCUACCCAUAUCUUCUGAGCUGUGUUACCGACUUGGAGCCUGUCAGAUCACCAUGUGUGGCACUGGGAUGCAGAGGAGUACAUUGAGUGUGUCUCUGGAACAAGCAGCCAUACUGGCGCGAAGUCAUGGACUUCUGCCCAAGUGUAUCAUGCAAGCUACAGACAUCAUGAGGAAGCAAGGACCAAGGGUUGAAAUUUCUGCCAAGAAUCUGAAAGUGAUGGACCAAAUGCCACAGUGUGCACCUCGACUCUAUAGGUUGUGCCAGCCACCUACAGAUGGAGAUUUAUAAGGUGAAGGAGGCACCUGCCUUGCAGCAUCAGUGGAGUGUUCAGCCAGGAGCAGCCCCACCUGAGGUCCCCCCACACCACCACCACCAAUGGUGCUGAACCCAGAGAGGAGCUGCUUCUGCUGUGGGUUAGUCGGUGAUGAACCUGCUGGCCUCAGACACCAGGAACCUGCCUCUGAGCUCCUGCAGUGCACGCAGGGAUUCUUGUAUUUCUUUGACUUCUUGAAGAAAUCCAUGAAACAAAUACCCCAGAGCUAGGUGGGUGUUACUGCCAUUUCCUAGAUGCCUGACAAAGUCACAGCUCUUUCAAGACAGUGCAGGUUUACUGGUGACUUGCAUUUGCUGCCACCUCAAUGUAGUGGACUUCAAGAUACGGAUUGGUUAUGCCUCCUCUCAUGCUCCCCGUACUGCAUCUGGCAUCCAUUUAAUUGCCAGCAUAAUUUUGGUCAGUGUUCUGGAGCAACAGCCUCAGCAACACCACUUUUUCAUGAACUGACCUGCACUUUUGAAUGACGAGUAGCACAAUCCACGGUUUAUUCAAACAUGAACAUCAAGAAUGUCUUCUGGAGUAAUUUUCCACUUCAGCCCCGUGAGAAGCAAUCUCCCGAUGCUGCAGAGUAUACAUUCCAUAAUCCUUCCUAACAUUACUUCAUUUUACUUACUGUAGCUUUCAGCUUUUUGAUUAACUCUUUUUACUAAUGCCCUCUUAUGUACUCCAGAAAUACAGAACUAUUUAAGAGGAGAAACUGGGAGUGAAAGAUUUUAAAGGAAACUUCACAAAGGAAAAAAUACCGUCUUAUAACCUGAUUAUUUGAACAGAGGUAGUUUUUAAAACAGGUCAGAAGAACUAUACUUAUUUAUGUGGAGUGGCAUAUGUGUUUUCAAUCAUGUUAUUAUAUAUACAAGAUUUAAAUAAAAAUUAUAUUGUUUAAAAUGGGACCAAUAUGCUGGCAGUUACACAGCUACUCCCAGUUUACUGAAAAGAAAUCUACAUUAUUUAAAAUCUUUCAGUAUUUAAGUAGUCUUUAAUACAGUUAUUGAGAUGUAUUAGGGGUGCUUCUAAGUUAAAAGAAAAAAGGAAUCGUGUAUAUAAUGUACUUUAUUUUUUUCUUGUUUGAAGCAUUGUUCUCCAUCCUGUCAGUAUUAUCCUAAGCACGGUAAUUUUUCCCAAAUUACUGGCUGAAACACAUUGAAACAUGUCAGCAGUCUCAGGACAGACAAAGGGUUCUUUUGGAGUGAGUGCCUUAACACGACCGCCCAGCCCCAGGGAGUUGGAAUUGCAGCCAGUGGCAGGCCAGGGUGUGCAGGGGACUCACCAUGGCUCUGGUUCUCCACAGCCUCCUUUGGAACAGUUCCAAGUCAGGACAUCCUGAAGAGCUUUGCAGUGAUAUACAUUAUAGAAAAUAAAGGUUUGGGGUUUUUAUUUGUGAUGUUGUUUGGUUCUUAGCUGGCUUCAUUUUAUUUUAUUAACAUCCAAACCAAGUCAAAAUCUAAAAUUAGACUUUUCCCAUUUGGAUUGGUAGUUCGUGAUUUUUCUUCAUGUACACUUCAACACAAAAUAGUUUGUGACAAGUUUAGAGGUGCAGAUUGUUUGGAACCCUGUUUCUUUAUUUUUUAUCCCUUCACUCACAGACUGCUAAUUCUGGGGAAGGACCAUGGUUUGUUUUCAGCUCUUACUUUUACCUGUUUCCUCUGACCUAGAGCAACCUGUUGCAGGGAGCUAGGACAACCCACCAGUCACUGGCUGUCAGAUGCAAGGGUUGUUAACCAAGUAUCUAUCUGUACUGCAGCCAGAGCAGCAGGUCAUUAUUUCAAUGCACUUUUUUGUUAAUUUUGGAGGAGUUACUCUUGCUAUUUGCUGUUCCAAAAAACAAUGGGUGUUUUUUUACUGAAUCCUCAACUUAAAAUGUACUUAGUAUUAGAAGAACUGUAGGAAGCCCACAAAAUAAAAAAAAACACAUAGGCCAAGAUCCUUGCUUUGUUUGCAUCAGUUCUGCUCAGCAGAACUGCAGCAGUCUUACAGCCUGUUCAGGAUCUCAGCCCAGGCUUACACAGUCACUGUAAACAUUAAAGAUGUGUAGCAGAACAGCUAAGGGCAUUUACACUGUGCACUGUUUUCCAUUGAAAUGUACGUGAUAGAUUUUAUUAUUAAAAGUUGGUUUAUAUUCUAAGGAAAUAAGGUAUGAUCUUAUUUUUCUGUUAUACCCGUUAGUUCCUUAGCUCUAAGUUCUUCAGAACAGUUAAGUUCUGCUAUUUGCAUGGAGCAAUGAAGAGUUGGCAGUUUAAACUGUAAGGGAAAAGUGGGUUUUGCUGUCAGCUCAAUCUGGCAGUGUAGAGCUAAACUCUUCCUGUUUGUGCAGUGUCAGCCACAGAUGUGGUUUCACUGCAGACUUCCUAUUAACAUAGACAAGAAAAACUGUUUUGAUGCUGUAACAUGGCAGGGUUUGAAUGCAGUGCUGGAAAAAAACAGGUUUAGGUGGAAAAUGAGAGGGCAAUGCACAAGCCUACCUGAAAGUGAAGAGAGCCAAUAAGCACUGCAGGAUUUCCAUGGCCAAAAGCAAAGUGAGAAUAAGGCCCUCCACACCGAGCAAGUCCGAUGGCAGAUUUGGAGCAUCUGAUACACUGGAAGUAAGGAAAAUGUGGAAAACAGUCAGAUGGAGAAAAUGGAAACUAGCAGCAUGAUGAUGAUGAUGAGGUGUGUAAGCAGCUGGCUAGAAGAGAGGAGGCAACACAGAAAAGAAAGAGGGGGUUGGGUGACAGCUGCAAGUGGAUAUUUUUUUUUUCUAUCAGGCUUGUAACUGAAUUUACUUAGUACCUGAAGCACAAGUACUGUGAGGCUGGGGCUGGUGUUAAGCUGGGAGGCACUCAUCUGGAUCCAAGUGUACACAAAAAAAGCCUGGAAGACUUUUCACACUGAAGGGAUGAAAUUAAUAGGAUAAAAGUUGACAGUACAAAUAUGAGCUCAUGCCCUUGAAAACUGAGCAAGGUAUUUUGCUUACAUGUCUUGUUAAUCAAUAACAGAAGAACCUUGAUUAUAGAUGACUCAGACGCAAUUUGGUAGCUCAGCCUGCACUAGGAGACAGAUUUCCAGUUGGGAUGAAGAUGAUGAUGAAGAUUCAAGCCACUGUGCAGAGGCCAAAGAGAAAUUGCAGUUGCUGGAUGGUGAGGACAGAUACUAAAAUUGUAUCAAUAAAGUGGAUACAGUUCUGGAAGAUGAGACCAGAAAAGCUUGAUUCAUUAGCCUGAGACACGAUAACAACUGGUAUCUUUAUAAGAAGACGAUGAGAAAGGUAAAGACAGUUCUAUCUGAACAUAAAUACAGCCACAAGGAGAAAAAGGAGUAGAAGCAAGCAGGGAAAAAUAUUGGCUUAAAAUUGUUCUGGGCCCAGAAAGGCUUUUUUUCCAAACCAGGCUCUGAUGAAAAAAGAAAUAACAUAGACAAAGGAGCUUGUACAAGAUGAAGCAGCAGUGCCUGGUGGUGCACACUGGGUGGCCCUUCCCCAUCCAGCCCCAUUUGGCUACAACAGGAAUUGUGCACAGGCCACGCUUUGUCUGAUUUUGUCCAUGGCAUUUGCAAAGGUAUGAACUGCCAUUCACAUCCUGGCCUUGGCUGUCUGUUAACAUUAGUCAUUUUCAUAUUCCAGCAGUCAUUUUCAGAAUGAAAUAGUGGGAUUUUUAGAUCAGAAACCACAGAUUUAGACACAGAUACAUCUCAUUUCCAUUUAGAAUAAAAAACAUUGGAAAGAAAAAUCCACCUGGACUCUCGCAAAUCCUUUUUCCUGUCACACUGUCUUAUCACCAAAUAGUGUUGAUAUGGGAAUAUUCCCUAGGUGUAAAGUGAUUUUAAGAUAUAAACCACAAAGGCUGAACAAGCAGAAUUUCAAUGUAAGGGUAAUUUGAACCAUUUCUACAGCACGUGCAGUGUUUCAUCUGUCAUAACCCUUGGCACUGUAAUUGCCUGACAUGGCUUCUAAGCACCUGGCUAUGGUUCACUGGUAAAAGGGCCAAAACCCCACCCUCUAACCCAACAAAGGGCUUAUCAGAACAGAUUAUUCACAAAUGCACAUAGACAUAUACUGAUAAGAUACCACUGAUUAAUCAAAUUGCCCAGUACAAUUUUUAUCUAAACUGGGUACUUGUGUAGCACAAGAGCAUUCAAAUAUGAAGCUCAAAUCUGCCACUCAGCAGAGUCCAUAGUAGCUGAUCAUCUUAGAGGGAAGAAAAGCCUUCAAACAGCAAAAGGAAUUUUCAAUUCCCUUUUCCUCCUGGCUGCAGUCUGAGCAGGGAACUGGGGAACUACUUGUGAAGAUUCAAAGGAGAAAAAUUACAUACGGCUUUGAAAACUGUCAGUGCUUUACAUAUAUCAUACAGUUCUAAUGACUUGAAAAACAGGAAACUAGAUGGAACAAAGGGUAAACAUCACAAUAACAUGUAAAACUCUCUGCUUCUAAUUCCCAUAAAUACAUUAAUUGAGAGCACUUGGUAUAAAGAACAACUGAAGUACUUGCUUGGACCCAUUUCAGGAUUUAGAAGGACAAUGCAUUAAUACCAUGAAGGAAACUAAUUUACCAUUAGUUUUCAUUAGCGGAAAAAGAAUAAACUCAUAUGUGAAGUUUCAUCAGGCUCCCUCAUCUUCAGCAGUUCCAACUCCCCAAGUUAAAGAAUAUCAGAAGUCAGAAUAUAAGUAAAUGGUAGGUGAACACUUUAAAAAAUAUGGCCUUGGCAAGAAGAUACUCAGUGUGGAUUUCAGAGAAGCUUUGUUCAGCUUGUAAAGUAAUUGAUAAUUCUUUUAUCACACAGUUUGGCAUGAGGAGAAUCCUGCUUAUUUAAGGUCCUGCUAAUUGUCAGCAUAUACUGUGAGAAUGAGGCUGUGCUGCACAGUUGCAUUCGAGUGUGCCAGAAGAUCUGUUGGUAGCUGGACCCUGAUCAGCUGGAUGGGUUUUGCCUUUGCAUUCUGAAGCCUACACUGACUUCAGAGCAGAAUUAAAGACAAAGGACCAGAUUAUCCUUGAACAGUCAGUUUGCUUUCUGUAGUGCACCUUUCAAAGAUGUUUCCAGAUGAGCUAAGACCGUAAGAUGAGAUUUCAUGGCACUAGCACAACACUAUAGAACAAACAAGUAACUCUUUGCAGAGGACUGCAAAAAGGCCUUCAUUUUUGCUCAUUUACAAAGGGGAGGCAUGGCCACAGUAGGCUGACCAUUGGUUAGGCCAAAUUUAAAAGGCUUUUAACAGGUAACUGAUGAUCAGCUAUAGGAGCUCAAGUAGGACUGCUACAGCAUUACUGCAUUUACAGCUCAUUUUGCACCUAAGAUCAAUUACCUCGUCUGGGCAGGGGGGACAAUGCUGAAAUGUACAGUUUGGUUUUGCAUGAAACAGAACUUCCAAUGGUUUUAGGGAAAUGUUUCAGAAAUGAUAUUUUUAUAUCAGUUUAUAGGAUUGGCAUUUUCAGAUGUUUUGUAAACAGAAAAAAUGUACAGAAUAUUUGAGAGGGUUUUUCCAGUUAUGUUUGAGGGACUCCAGUGUACUAACAGUGUUAUGUUUUCUUCAUGUUUCUGUAUUUUUAACUAAGCAUGUGUAUCCUGCAUUAAGAUAAAAGUCUUAAUAUAA